AUUGAAUUAAAAAAUCACUACCAGAUUUGUGUAUAUUUUCAGGAGAAGAAGAAGAAGCAAAAAAGCCAGUUAGAUAAAGUGUUAGAGAAAGCAGCAAUGAGAGACAAAACAGUGAUAAUAACAGCUCUAAAUGCAGCAUGGACAGAGCCAAACUCCAUAUUUGAUAUUUUCUUGAAAAGCUUUAGAGUUGGAAACCAAACAAAACCACUUUUGAAACAUGUAUUAGUUGCAGCUUUGGACCAAACUGCAUAUACUCGUUGUUUGGAGAAACAACUUCAUUACUAUGCACUCACUACAAAAGGUGUUGAUUUCUCUGGUGAGGCUCUUUACAUGAGUGAGGAUUAUUUCAAGAUUACGUGGAGGAAAAUUUAUUUUCAGCGUAUUGUCCUUGAGAUGGGAUAUAACUUCAUUUUCACGGAUGCUGAUAUAUUGUGGUUUCGACAACUUUUUGUACAUUUUUAUCCGGACGCCGAUUUCCAAAUUUCAUGUGACCAUUACUCGUACGACUAUAUGAACUUGAACAAUUCACCAAAUUCCGGUUUUCACUAUGUCAAAUCAAAUCAACGAACCAUCAAAUUUUACAAAUUUUGGUACAAUGCAAGAGAGGCUCAUCCAGGAAAACACGAUCAAGAUGUACUCAACAUGAUUAAACUCAAUCCAUUUAUUAAAGAUGUUGGAUUGAAAAUAAGGUUUUUGGACACAGCUCUAUUUGGGGGAUUUUGUGAGCCUAGCAAAGAUCUCAAUUUUGUUUGUACAAUGCAUGCGAAUUGUUGUAUAGGAAUUGACAAUAAAAUGCAUGACUUAACAAUGGCGCUUGAUGAUUGGGAAAAGUAUAUGGCUUUACCUGGUGAUGAAAGGAUGUCAAAGCCACAAACUUGGACUGUCCCAAGAAUCAGUGGUUAA